GAAACCCACGCCCGGUUUAGCGUAGCCGUUGGAAACCCCCAAAAUCAGUUUGCAGAAAGACAGACACACUUGAACAUGAACAUGAACACCAACGUCAAGCAACCCGAGUUUGAUUGGAUGGAUACCAUUGCCAGUAGUAGCAAUAGCAUGCUUCCAAAAACGAUGGAAAUGUUUGGUUCAGUGGGUCAUGGAAGUGGUGGAGUACCUGAACCCUCUUUGAUCCCUCAACUCUUUGUUUGGCCUUAUGGAGGAACAACAGUCUUUCUAUCUGGUUCUUUCACUAGAUGGUCGACAGUUAUACCUAUGUCUCCAAUGGAAUGCUGCCCGACUGCAUUUCAAGUUACUUGGAACUUAACGCCGGGGUUUCAUCAGUACAAAUUCAAUGUGGAUGGUGAAUGGCGGCAUGAUGAGCAGCAGCCAUUUAUAAAUGUGAGCGUUGGGACAGUGAAUACUAUUUUUGUGACACAGCCCUCUAUUUUACCUUCCAACUUCAAUGCUGGAUCACUUUGUAACCAAAAAACUGCUGGAACGCCUACUAGAUCCUACAUGGAGCUUGAGCAAAAUGUCCCUGGGCACGUGGAAGCUUUUCCAGGGAAGUUGGAGUCUGAUCUGCAUGUCUCUCGCUACCAUCUAUCUACAUUCAUGUCAUCAACAACUGCUUAUGAGUUGCUUCCCAAGUCUGGCAAGGUUAUUGCCUUGGAUAUAGAUUUAUCAGUUAAGCAAGCAUUCCAUAUUCUUUAUGAACAGGGAGUAUCUAUGGCUCCUGUUUGGGAUUCUAGCAAGGGCAAGUUUGUUGGAGUGCUCAGUGCAAUGGACAUUAUUCAAAUAAUAAAAGAGCUCGGGAGUCAUGGAUUCACUUUGACUGAAGAACAACUUGAGGCACAUACUAUAGCAGCAUGGAGUGAGGAAAAAUUACAGCAAUGUGGAACUGAUAGAAAUGUGAGAACAUAUCCUUGGAAUUUUGUUGAUGCUGAUCCCUAUGAGAGUCUAAAAGACAUUGCUUUAAAACUUUUGCAAAACAAGGUGCCAGCAGUUCCUAUCGCACAUCCCGAAGAUGGUUCAGAUCCUCAGCUGUUACACCUGACUUCUCUCUCAGAAAUACUAAAACGUAUAUGCAGGUAUUUCAAGAACUCUUCUAGUUCUUUGCCCAUUCUUCAACUACCAAUUGAUUCAAUACCUUUGGGUACGUGGGCGCCAAAAGUGGGGGAAUACAAUAAACUGUCACUUGCAAUGCUAAGGCCAAAUGCUUCUGUUAGUACUGCUCUUUCUCUAAUGAUUCAAGCUGAAGUUAGCUCAAUACCAAUUGUGAAUGAUAAUGAUUCAUUACUUGGUAUAUAUUCAAGAAGUGAUAUUACUGCAUUGGCUAAAGAUGACUUGUAUGCUAGGAUAAAUCUUGAUAAAUUUAGUAUCUCCCAGGCAUUAUUUUUGAGAGAAAAUGUAAAAUUACCUUACAGACAGAAUGGGCAGAGAUUUCUUAUGUGUUUGAGGUCCCAUAAAUUGCACGUGGUCAUGGAACGUUUGGCUAAUUCUGAUAUAGAAGAAGUUGUGGUCGUGGAGCCUGGAAGUAGGCACGUGGAAGGGAUCAUUUCAAUUGUUGACGUGUUUAGAUUCUUAUUGGGUAAUUAUGCAUGAAGGAAAUUGCAGUGACAGCUUUGAAAAACUAAUUAUUUUCAUCGGUUACAUGUGGCCGCUUCGUUUUUUUAGGAUGAGAUUGCAGAGGAUUCAUUCUUCUGCAACUAUGUUCUCCUUUAACAAUCAUUUUUACUCCUUUGUGCCGGGCACUAAUACAUAGAUGCUAUGUGCGCAUGUGCUUGGAGGGUAUACUCGUGAUCUCUUUUCU